AUGGUACAAGUGGCCCGUCACCAUCGUCCGCUUGUUUGCGAGCCAUUUGAGCUCUUGCGAUGAAGGACAUCGCCCGACUCAAUGGUGACGCCACUGGGCAGCAGCGGAGGCCGGCCCGUCUCAUUGGUGACCGCCAUCCAGCAGUCGCGGGCUUCAGCUUAGCGCCGAGCUUCCCGCAGGCGCAGACGCCGUUCCAGACGCUCAACGCGAUGCCCAGCCCGGCGCUGCUGCGUGCGUCCGCGGUUUUUAAUGCUAGUGCCUCAUCUUCAACGUCUGUAAGCGAUGCGGACAUAGCGAAGUCCUGGGUGGUGUCGACGGAAGGGAGGGAGGCGGCCAUUUGGAGACAGGGGAUCGACAAUAGGACGGUGAUGACGAAUCUGGAGCGGUAUAACCGACUCAGUCGAGGGGAUGAAGAGCACUACACGACGAAAAAGAGAUAUGUUGAGGACGCACCGAGGCCGCUGAGCACGAGUGACGAAGAGGGAACGAGCUGUAAUACCGUAGCUGGUGAGAAACCAAAGCGCAAACGAAAGUAUCGCAAGGCGACGCAUACUAUUCGAAAGGAGGAAAUAGCAAGGUUGGAGAUGGAGAUUGAGGCUCUGAAAGCUCAGAUCGUGGACAUGCGAAGUCGAAAGAUUGGUCCAUUUGACGAGAACGAAGAGAUCUUGAAGCGGAAGUAUGAGGCAGGAAGAGUUUUGCGUGAAAGCGUGCAACAACGUCAGCAAAUAUUCAGCCAGCUGUCUUCCAUCAUGUCCGAGUACACAUUAUGCACCAUCCAAUCUGGGAGUCCACUGCAAGACUUUAUACACUUGAAGACCGAUGAGCAAACCAGACGUGAUAUAUUGGCGGCAAUUAAGAUCAAAAAGAUGGAGAAGGCACAACGAUUCAUGGAAAUGCGUCGGCCUAAGCUCGAUCCGUGCAACGUCAUGGGCGAGGAACGUCGUUACGAGGCAGGGAACGGAGACUUUUGCUCGACUCGCUUCACUGUUACGCAAUUCAAAGACGCGAAGAGCGUAAAGGAAGUCUUCGAUCUAUUGCUCUAUUAUUUCUGCAAUAUUGAGAUCAGUAUUUCGGAGAAGAUCGGCCACAUUACGAUCCGUGAAGACGAUGGAGGUGAUGACGGAGGAAUUGUACAGAACCGACUGGUGUCUACCACCCACAAAAAUGUGAAGAUGGAGUCGAAUACAGUCAUGUUCUCGCAGUACUACGACCGCAGUACACAAAAGAGUAUAGGCUCAGUAGACAAAAGUUACGGGAUCAUCGUCGCUGACUUCGUAGACGAAGACGACAGACAUCCGUACGUUCCUAGUCAACGUGUACGUCGCGACGUGAACGCCGUACUGGAAAUCCGCGAGUUUAUGCCAAAACACCAGGCCGGCAAGCCGGUGGUUGUCCUUAGCCGAUGGGUACAGAACCGAAUGCACUACCCCAAAUUCCUCGUUUGCACCGACGGAUGGUAUGAAUUACGCGAUAAUAUGGAUCUCUGGGGACGAGCCUUGCAUCGAACGAUAGCAGAAAAUCUUCGUGGUUGACCAUAGUCACAAUUUAGUUUAAGUCAACACGAUAUUUGGAGCAUUGCAAUUGUCCUAAUCAACACUGUGCUGUACGAUAGCCCCCG